UGUUGGGAUAUUUUCAACAUGGCGCCGGACUGUGGCUGGAGUUCCUCCGCCGCAGCUGAACGUUGACGAGGAUUAAACUCAGCUCAGUCCGGCGGUGACGUUCGGUCAACGGGGCGGGAGGACAGGGUCACGUCGGUGAAUUUACACCGGGGAUGUGCGUGUGUGACCCGGGCAGCGUCAGCUAACGCUGAACACUAAAAUGGUCGCAGCCCCUUCCUCCAACAACAACGGAGCUCCACCGACCUGGAGCUCGGCUUCAGCCGCCGCCGAGGCUCUGUGAGCGGACCGAUGGAGGAGGAGGAGGAGGCUGGAGGAGCAGGAGGGUCUACUACCUUCGACUUUAAUGACAAUGAAGAAGAAGAAAGAAGAGCAGGAGGGGGAGGAGGAGGAGGAGGAGGAGGAGGCGGCGGUGUGAAAGCGGGGCUCAGAGUCUCCAUCAGCUCAGCGCUGUUAGCCGGGGUCAGCGGAGGUCAGGGAGCCGGGAAGGGACAUUUCUGUGUGAGCGCUAACCGGAGGAAGUUUACCGGAGAAGAGAUGAACCUUUUCCCGGAUCAUGUGAUCACACCUGCGCAGUGUGUGGUUCCUGAGGUUCUGGACGACCACAGUGGCCUGAAUGGAUUCUGUGAACCACUUUGUCAGGAGGAGGAGGUGAUGAGAGGGGGAGGAGCAGGUAGGCUCCGCCUGGCAGAGACCACAGCUACUUCCUGUCCAGCUGUGCUCCAGGGUUGGUGGAAAGUGCAGGAGGAUGAGACAAAAGAGCAGCAGCAGAAGUGCGCCUGCACUGUGGCGACGGUGGCGCCCUCAGCUGGGACCUUGACCAACGGUGUUGUGGUCAGUGAGGAUAUCACUUAUUCCAGACCAGCAGCAGGGGUUUCCAGCCCGGCACUGCAGGGACAUGUGAACUGUGGACGAGUUAAAGUAGCUAACGGUGGUUUACACUCCAUCACCAGUGACUGUCAUGUAGACGUGACGCCAGGACACAAAACUGGGGACGGGACAGCAAUGUGUCAGUGCCCGGGGCAGGAUGAGCUCCCUCCCUGCCCCACUUCCUCCAACACUGCCCCCAUCCAGGACCAGGACUGCCCCCCCACCCCAGGAUCAAGUGCCAAACUGCCCUCUCCCUGUCCGUCAUCCUCGUCCAACCCUGACAGCCCGCUCUCACGAGCCGACAGCGCCGAGGAUGAGGCUGAGCUGAGUUUACCCAUUAGGCCGCAGAGUUUGAGGACUAACCCUGCCCCUCUACUGUCCCUGAGCUGUGAUGCUACACCCUUGACACCUGAUGAGGACGGGGGCUUUUAUUUUGGAGACAUGGGGUACGGUGAGGACUGCAGGAAUGUUCUGGAAACGACCGGUCGAAGGCAAAGUGCUCCGGACAAACUCCCAGAUCCAAGUGAACACGCGGACGCUUCUGAUCCAAAACUGCUGCCCAAGAGGUUUGGCAUCGCAGACUUCUUCACCAGGAGCCUGUUUUCUAGGAAAUCCAAAGAGCCCAAAACACCUACCCAUAAUGCAAUGGGGUGGAGAAUGUUUGGAAAGGUGGUGGCCAAAGACGCUGACUCAGCUACAGACUCCGCCUCCAUGUCACCCACACACAAGGACGAGCAGACGGAGGACUCCGAUGUGUCCUCAUGUUCUCAGCAGCUCCCUCUAGCUGCAGGCAGGAGGAAGAAGCUGGAGUUUGAACCUCUGUCCACCACAGCUUUGAUCCUGGAGGACCGACCGGCGAACCUUCCUGCCAAAUCUGAGGAGGAAACUCAGAGACACAAACUGGAAUAUGAGGAGAUGGUGGCAGGAGCCAAGAAGAGAGAGUUAAAAGAAGCCCAGAAGAAGAAGCGUCAGAUGAAGGAGAGACACCGUCAGGAGGACAACAUCUCCAACGCCAUGAUCAUCUGGAACAAUGACAUCCUGCCACACUGGGACGCCGUGAAGGGGACGAGGCGCGUGAGGGAGCUGUGGUGGCAGGGACUUCCUCCCAGUGUCAGAGGUCGAGUGUGGAGCCUUGCCAUCGGCAAUGAGCUUAACAUCACUCCUGAGCUGUAUGAGAUCUUCUUGUCCAGAGCCAAAGAGAAGUGGAGGAGCUACAGUGAGACGAGUUCAGUCAACGACAGUGAGAGCGAUGGAGGAGCGUCUCUGGCUGACCGAGAGUCCAGUCUGGAUCUCAUCAAACUGGACAUUUCCAGAACCUUCCCCUCACUCUUCAUCUUCCAGAAGGGCGGUCCUUACCACGACCUCCUCCACAGCGUUCUGGGCGCGUACACCUGCUACAGGCCGGACAUCGGUUAUGUCCAGGGAAUGUCGUUCAUCGCUGCUGUUCUCAUCCUUAACCUGGAGGAGGCCGACGCCUUCAUCACCUUUGCCAACCUUCUCAAUAAACCCUGUCAGAUGGUCUUCUUCAGAGUGGACCAUGAUCUGAUGCUGAAGUAUUUCGCAGCCUUCGAGGUUUUCUUCGAGGAGAAUCUGCCUCAACUCUUCAGCCACUUCCAGAUCAGCAACCUGACCCCUGACCUCUACUUGAUCGACUGGAUCUUCACUCUGUUCAGUAAGUCCCUCCCCCUGGACGUGGCGUGUCGCGUGUGGGACGUGUUCUGUCGUGACGGCGAGGAGAGUCUGUUUCGUGCAGGUCUGGGAAUCCUGCGUCUGUACGAGGACGUGCUGCUGCAGAUGGAUUUCAUCCACAUCGCUCAGUUCCUCACUCGUCUGCCCGACGACCUGCAGCCGCACACGCUCUUCAACGCCAUGGCCAACACGCACAUGCUCAGCAGAAGCCGCCGCUGGGCUCAGGUUUUUUCUGCUCUGACGAAGGACGGAAACAAAGAGACGGACAAAAGCAGCAGCAGCCCUGCGCUCAGAAGCUAACGCUAACCGUUAUCUGACUGAUGCUAACCGCUAUCUGACUGACGCUAACAGUUAGCUGCUGACGCUAACAGCUAUCUGACUGACGCUAACAGCUAGCUGACUGACGCUAACAGCUAUCUGACUGACGCUAACAGUUAUCUGACAGACGCUAACAGUUAUCUGACUGACACUAACAGUUAGCUGACUGACGCUAACAGUUAUCUGACAGACACUAACAGUUAUCUGACUGACGCUAAUGGCUAUCUGACUGACGCUAACAGCUAGCUGACUGACGCUAACAGCUAGCUGACUGACGCUAACAGCUAGCUGACUGACGCUAACAGUUAUCUGACAGACGCUAACAGUUAUCUGACUGACACUAACAGUUAGCUGACUGACACUAACAGUUAUCUGACUGACGCUAACAGCUAGCUGGCUGACGCUAACAGUUAUCUGACAGACGCUAACAGUUAUCUGACUGACACUAACAGUUAGCUGACUGACGCUAACAGUUAUCUGACUGACGCUAACAGUUAUCUGACAGACGCUAACAGUUAGCUGACUGACGCUAACAGUUAGCUGACUGACGCUAACAGUUAGCUGACUGACGCUAACAGUUAUCUGACUGACGCUAACAGUUAUCUGACUGACGCUAACAGUUAUCAGACUGACGCUAACAGUUAUCUGACAGACGCUAACAGUUAGCUGACAGACGCUAACUACAAAGUUUGAAGUAAACUUGGUGGAAACAGACGAAGAAGAAACUGCAGGAAUUUUUGUUUCCUGUGAGCAUGAGGAAGUGAAUGUGAAACGCCGCUGUCAGUAUUUCACCGCACAUGUCACAUUACUGACCCCACCCACUUUAAAAAUGUUUUUAAAGCAACUAGUUACAAAUCUAAUCAUUGACCUUUGACCUGUUAGAUCUUUGACCUUGGUGAACUCUUUCCAAACAGAAGUCUUGUAUUUUUAUUAUCGCAAAAAAAUCUCAAUGUCAAUUUUCUCUGAUAUCGUGCAGCGUUAGUCAGAGGUCACAUGUUGAUCUUUAGUAACGCUCUCUGCUCCGCCCACUUCGUCUGAUUGGCCCGUUGACUCGGGCUGCAUUCAGUUGAUCCAUAUUGAUGACUCUGAUUUCAGUUAUUGAUUGAAUCAAAUUUUAUUACUAAACAUUUGAAAGAGUUUGUUUCUGAAAUAACUUUCAAUCAAUAAUCAGCAGAUGUUUUAAAGAUAUUUCAGAUUAAUCAAUAGACUGAUCAGUGCAGAAAAUGAUUGAUCUGCAGCGCAGCUUUGAUCUAGACUUAGCUCCGCCUCAUUUACUGACACCAGUAACAUUGUCCAAUCACAGCUAAGAGGACUGUUUUACACCUGUGUUUACACGUGUCACUGUGGGCUGUCUGUGUUGCUCUGAUGGGAGGAGCUUAGGACAGUCAAGUGUUUCCAUGGCAACGUAGCAACACCCUUUCACUCAUCUCUUUCAAAACAUUGUUACACUGAGGAAACAAAGAGCAUUCAACUUAAGCUCCGCCUCCUCUGACCUCAUUUCCUGCUCAGACACCGAAAAAGAGACAUUAUUGUAUUCUUCAACCAAUCGGAGGCUAGAGCCUGAGUCAGGUGGACUACAGACGUCUGACCUCUGACCUCUGUCGUAAACUCGUCAUCAAAGGUACUUUACUUACUUUACAAAUUUCCAAAAUAAAAUUCAUCACUUUGGUCCAACAUGUGUGACCUUUAACCCUGGUUAUAUCUGAAACCACCACAUGAAAUGUAGAGUCCAGAGUUUACGAUGGUCCUUGAAUGCAGCAGACCUAGAGUCCAGAGUUUACGAUGGUCCUUGAAUGCAGCAGACCUAGAGUCCAGAGUUUACGAUAGUCCUUGAAUGCAGCAGACCUAGCGUCCAGAGUUUACGAUAGUCCUUGAAUGCAGCAGACCUAGAGUCCAGAGUUUACGAUGGUCCUUGAAUGCAGCAGACAGAUUCCAGAGUUUACGAUGGUCCUUGAAUGCAUCAGACCUAGAGUCCAGAGUUUACGAUGGUCCUUGAAUGCAGCAGACCUAGAGUCCAGAGUUUACGAUGGUCCUUGAAUGCAGCAGACAGAGUCCAGAGUUUACGAUAGUCCUUGAAUGCAGCAGACCUAGAGUCCAGAGUUUACGAUAGUCCUUGAAUGCAGCAGACCUAGAGUCCAGAGUUUACAAUGGUCCUUGAAUGCAGCAGACAGAGUCCAGAGUUUACGAUGGUCCUUGAAUGUAUUUAAAGGUAAAUUCCCACUUUUUCUUCACUUGCAGAGUUAUUAAUGUUCAUCUUUGUUUUCAGAAUAAAAGCCUGACAUUCCACAUCAAAGAGCCCAGGAAACAGCUGAGCACAUGACGAUCAGAGGUCAAAGGUCACACUCACAGUUAAAACUAAAGUGCAAUAUGUUUUUUUCCUUCAGUUUAUUCAAUGAAAUAAUAAUAAUAAUCCAGAAGUCUCCUUUAAUUUUCCCAUCACUCCAGAUUACUGAUGAAGUUUUAUUUAAGUUUCAUCUUUUUUACUUUGAUGUCAGUGUUUGUUGUUGCUGCCUUACACACGCUGUAUAUAAAACUGUACAAAUGUUUUUCUUUUCUUUUCAUAUAAUGAAAAGAAAAAUCUGUAAAUAAAUAUCUUAGCCAACUGAA